AUGUCGAUCACCAGCGCGACUCCCGCUUACCAGCUCCGUCAAUGCCCGUUCACCUUCAAGAGGGCACUCGAUGGCGAUGGCCACAGCUCGGCUACAAAGUUCCCACUGUUCCGCGACGUCUGUUGGGACCCCGAGCCCGAAACACUGAGAGUGCGCGACUGGAGGGAGGACGCGAAGGGCAUGGGAAACCGGCUAAACGUAGAUAGGUCUCCUACUGUGCGGAGCCGACUGCGUUCGCGCGGUCAUGGCCACACGCAUGAACAACCGCGAAAUGCUCGGAUGGAAUCUACAGUUCAAGAACAGGCGCCGCAACGCGAGGACACGGCGAGACCAAACCCUGAGAAUGAGCAGCAGAUGAAGGAAACAGGAGGUAGCUCAGGCUCCGAGUCCCGGCCCUCCAAGCGACCAAGGACGCGUGCAGUGUCACUUGCGAACGUCGUAACUAACAACCACACACGCCCCUCGACGGCGAAGGCCAAGACUAAGGAGGAGAGGAAGGAGAUUUUGAUGGCGGACCCGGAUGUCACAAACGUCGAGCCGACGUCUGUCACAUGCCGAAAGUGCGGCGGGACGAUCUCGUUGGACAAGAGAGGGGAGUACUACUUGACGGCCUGGAACAAACACAAACGGGUCUGCUAG